UCGUAAUUUGCAGAUGUCAUUGAGGGGGUGUUGCGGAAUUGUUGGAGAUGAGGUUGUUCGAUAAAUUAUGCCCGUCAAUUUUAUGACGGAAUUGUGAGGCGUGUGAUAUUCAAUUGCUGCGUUUGACGGAUAAACAGACGUCAUGGCAGAAAAUCUUCAAGGUUUCCCGAUCGAGCUUGGGAAUAACACAAGUGAAAUUCCCACCUAUGAAGCCACCAUCACUGUUGACAAGUCCCCGCCAAAUGUAAUCGUCGACGAGUCUUCGCUUGGCGAGCAUCGUGACAAGAAUGCAGAAAUUCUGGCCAUGCGUUUAGUGAUGCGACGCGAUCGCGGAACUCUGGUUGAGCAAGGCAUCAUGCCUCCAGUUCAUGCUCCUCAAGCUUUCUUCGAACAAAGGCAGCGAUUUGAGCGUGCCAAGAUAAGUGAUCGCUUGAAAGCCAAGAUUCAACAACGUCCAGGGAGGGAGUUCCUGAUUCAACAACAUAUCUUGGAAGAGACCGCGAACAACGUAGACCCAUCACUUGUUGAGAAGCACAAGCAGUUGAAAAGGGCACGCAUUGCAGAUCAGUUGAACAAGUCAAUUUCAGAGCGACCUGGACCUCUCGAAGUAAUUCAAGCUGGAAUUUUGCACGUCAAUGACACCUUAGAGAAUGAUGUCAAAGACGGGAAGAUCCAGUUCAAAAGAACUAGCGAAGGUGCAAUUCCCGUUCGACCUCAUCGACAAUUCACUCCGUCUGAAGAUUCUGUCGAGUCCGAGCAUGCGGUCGUUAGUCAGCCUGAAUCCCGACUCCUUGACUCUGUUCCUGCCAUGUCCACUCUUCCUCAAGUCUCACGCUGUGCUUCGCUACCGGUCUUCGCGUCAAACGAACCCACGAUUUCGACCACUUACGCUUCCAGAACUGGAGGGAAGAUUAUGCGGAGUGCCGGUGGCGGAAAAGCGAGGAGCUUGAAAACGAACAAAAGUUGUGUUGGUCAAGCGUCAAAGCAAACGCCAUGGAAGUUUCACAUUUACACAGGCCCGUCCUCUCAGGCGAGAAAGGAGCAAUGCUUAGGUAACCCGGAAACAAAGCAUGAGAUCCUGCUGCAACAGCAGCAGACGCUUCUACAGUACGAACUAGAGAGCCAGCAGAAACGUAUCCUCCCGAAUCCUGGAAUAUCUAAAUCUGAGUUGAAUGCCCUGCAAAAUACGCGUUUGACUGACAACACUCCGAAGAGUCUUUCCAAAAUGGAAGACAUGAAAGUCAGAGAUCUGAAAGUUGAAGCACAGAUCCGUGGAUUGAGAGUUGGAGGCUCUAAAGCCCAGCUGAUCGAGCGACUUCAACCGUACGCCGAUGUGAUCACAAGUGCUGCGCACGGAUCGUUGAUCACAAAUUCUACGUCGGCUUCUUCUCCUGCACCAAGAAAUAGAACGUGUUUCAGUUCUACCGUUAUUCCUGUGAUCACAGCCCAAGAGCCUCUGGUUUUCUCCGCGGCGUCUCCAGCAUCAGUCAUUGUGGCCGCGAGUCCGGAAGAAUCGAACCAUAGCAUGGAUUCCCAGAUGGACGUGGACAUUUCAUCAGUACCCAUGGCGACUGUCUUUGCUUCUCCAACAACAGUCCCUGUGAUUUUGAACGUGAACGAAGCUCAUCGCGCGCAUGAAUUCAUCCUUCCUCAGCCCCCUCCUAUGUCCACUGGUGUACCUAUUUAUGUUCCGCUUGUGCCUCUAGUAACAAAUGGUACUGUGAAACCCCUUCAGCAGCCAAUAGUGACCAUUGGGAGCCCGGGACAGUUCCAGGCAGUGAAUCAUGUGCAGUGUUCAGAAGGGAUGAUUCACCAAAUAAUGAACCAGUUCAAGGAAUUGAAGCAACAGUUGGAUAAUUCUCAGGAAAACAAGAAGAUCAGCGAGGAGGUGAAGUUACGGUUGGCCAUGCCUCCUGGUUCCUCCGAUUUCGGGUUGCAGGUGUCGAAUGAUUCUCUAAGCGGAUCGAAAGUCAGUUGGCGGCUUGGUGACGAAGAAAGCGAAGUUAAACUGGAAUCAGCGUGGUGUGAAGCGACGUAUUCUCCGAACCGCGACCAAGGAGAAGGUGUGAACGUGACUGACAUACAACCAACAAUUUCUUUCCAUCAAAAAUCUGAAGCGGUCGAUGACAUCCUUGACGUCGUAAUAAAGAAUGGUGGUCUGCCGCCACGUGCCGCGAAUGACAUCCUGACCCCGACGCCGGAGCCCGAAAGACUGUCAACUGGACCACAGUUUCCCGUGAAUCAUGACGCAAACAACAACUCCGGCAGUCCCAUGGAUGACGAAAAUUCCAACAUGGAAGAAGUUGGUCUUCUACCACCGACUCCACCGCCGAUGCCUGCACAGCAGCUCGGUGUUUGCAAGCCUGUGAAGGAGCCGAUGGAGACGAGCUCGAGCAGCAAUUUGGAUAAUUUCAUGAGUCUGAUGGAGAACGCGAACCAAACUCCGUUUGAUCUCGCGGAUAUCCAUCUUGACUUGUCAUUUCUUGACAACUGUGGCAAUUUGAAUGCUUCGCAGCAGCGGAAAAUCAACCCCGCCAACGGGACGAACAAUGUCGACGUAGGAGUAUUACUAGAGUCCUGGGCAAUGACGCCGAAUAAUUUGCUCCAAGUUGAGCCUCCUUUGUUGGCGCCUGGUGACCAUUUUGAUGCGAAUUUCUUUCCUGACUUCUGAAACUGUUACGUCGGUGGAAUCAGGGUUCAUGUUAUAAUUUGUGAACAGGCAAGGUUCGAAAUCUUUGUGGGUACUAAGGAGAAGGUUUGUGGGAUAAGGCUUCGAGGUUCAAGAGGUUAGGGAUUUAUAUUUUCACAGAAUAUCCUAGAGGUCAAAGAAAAUCUUAGUUUUCAGCACGCGGAGGCUUAUUUUCUACGAACACUUCUUCGUUGCUGCAUUUGCCUCAACCAGUAAUAGUAAUGGGAAUCCUUCCCAUUCGAGAGUAUUCGCAAAUAUGCAAGAAAAUUGAACUUGACUUCCAAAUGCGCAACGAGUAUUUUCUAAGUUCUUUAUGGAUUUAUCAGGAGUCGAUGUAAUGAACCACAGAAUAGUGAAUAACAUCUACUGUACUUGGAAUCCAGAAGCACGUGAGAAUGACUCUUCGAAAACUGCGCUUUGAGGAAAAGCCGAAAUUAUACUUCAAGCCGGUUUUUCACUGCUGAGUAAAUUUAAUCAAAACGUUGGAUGUAGAGCUGAUCUUUUCUGUGUUUUGCCGAGCAUGAUCACAUUUUCGUCAUCGCAGUCAUAUUUCCAAAAACCGCUGCAAAGUACGAGUAGAAAUAAGCUCCUGUGUCCAAUCAUCAUUCGCGUGUGGCAUUGCGCAAAAAUGAGUGUGAAGGUCUCGUUCUCGGUUCUGAGUAAUGAUUUGCCCGUAUCUUUAAUAUCGAUUGGGGAAUCAAAGAGGAUGAUGGAAAAUUUUGCAUUCCGCAGACUUACGAAUUUUCGAAAGCGUCAAUGGAUUUUUGCUCACGUUACCUUGUACCCCUCGCUUCUUUUUAUGAAGUAUCCAUGAACCCGCCGAUAUGAUCUUCUGCAGUUGUUUCUGAAAAUGUGCCAGAAUUUUGUGACUUCCGUGAACGCGAAGUGGUUAUUGAAUGUGCAAUCCUGUAGAUUUUCUGCUUUGAGAAAUUGUUUAUUUCAGUACCUUGAAACGUGUUCAGAAGAUCCGCUCGAUUUUUUUCGGAAUUCUCCCAUACGAUUUUGUGCACUUGAAAAAGCGAAGUUUUUUCCCGAAGGCUUUGUUUAGAUUGCGUGAUUUAUGUGUAUGCUGAUCUCAGUAGUAGUUUUAAAGCCCUGAGCAGAUAGUAAUCACCACCAAAGCUCAUUCGCGUGGAAUUGCGUAACACAAUACUGAGAAACAUGGUUUAGAAAGACUAAUCGGUUAACAUUGAGCUCGUGAUGGUUUUAAAUUUUCCAAACAGUAUUGUCUGGGAAGAAGUCCCGCACAAUGUUGAAAAUUUCCUGGGACAUGACUUCUGAUUCUAUCAAGGUCACUCAUCCUUAGUUGAAAAACUUGCUGAAGAAAAGUGCAAAGGUGCUGAACGUUUGAACGACAAGCCGCGUUUCAAGUUUUGAUUUCCGCGAAUUUGGGAAAUCCCGUUUUUAUUGUGAAGGUUCAAAGUAAAACUGAAUGAUAAUCCCUUCAUGUGUACUGUA